CUUAGGUUAACCGUUAGGUAGGUAACUUGGAGCUUAAGCUUUUAAUCUAUGUACCCAGGUACCUACUUUUUAAAGCUCCAGAAGCUACGUCAAAGACUCGUAAGAAAACAACUUUUAUCUAACACCAAAUACGAGCUUCAAUAGCUAAAAAAUACAACUUGUAAAUUACAAAUCUCUUUUUUUUUUCGGUUCGAAUUUCGCUGUCCCACGUUCUCGGUUCAUCCCGGCGUAGUGGCAUGCGAGUGGAAGUGAAGGGAAAAAAAAAAAAAGGAAAACUGUAAAAACGACGAGGUUUGCCGCAUAUAUCAAACACACUAUAUCAACACAAACACACAAGAAACGACAUACAAGAAACGAUACGCAAAGCCACAAUGGCAUCUGUAGCAGCUAUUCUACCACGAGCUAUCAUGCGCUCGGCUCAACAGCCUCCUGUUGCCGCCGCUGCUCGACUCUUCGUAGUCCGACGUCCGCUCAGCAGCUCGGCCGCGGCACGGGCCCGUUUCCCGCACAACCAGCAACACUUUGAGCCGCACAAGCCGCGCAGCUCAGACAUUGACGUCGGCGCGCUCGAGGGCUCUAAUUUCCGCGUCGAGCCUAUGCGCCGGACCGGCGAGGACGACGAUACCUUGCGAGCCCGGAUAGUCUAUCAAAGCCGCAAGCGCGGAACCCUCGAAUCAGACCUCCUGCUCUCCACCUUCACGGACGAAUACCUGCCCACCAUGACCCGCGCGCAGAUGGAGCAGUACGACCUGUUUCUCGACGAAAACGACUGGGACAUAUACUACUGGGCCACGCAGGAGCCCCCCUCCGAUUCCACAACUCCCAGCGCCGCCGCCUCAAACAUCCCGUCCAUCGCAACCGAAGACACCAGCUCGGCCGACUACGCCGGGGGCGUCGAAGCCGCCAUCUCGGAAGCCACGCCCCUGGACAUAGGGUGUUCGAACGGGUCGGCGCGGACCACGACGGGCGUCUCGGAGCCCCUGACCACGGGCGGCGCCCCGCUCUCGGGCGACUCCUCCCAGGGCAAAGAACCGGGCCCGGAGCCGCCGCGCCGCGCCCAGUCCGCCGAGACGGGCGAGUGGGCGCAGACGGUGGGCACCUUCAAGCCGGCGUACCGGCCCGUGCCCGCGCGGUGGCGCGACAGCGAGAUACUCCAGCUGCUGAGGGAGCACGUGAAGGCGCGGUCGAAGGAGAGGGGGGGGAUGGCGUUUAUGCCGGCCUUGCGAUAGAUAGAUAAGCGAGUUGAACCGGGGGUUGUAAGUUAUUCGGUUCG